GCCCGACUAUACCCCUCUCCCCCAUUGUUGCACGUUUCGUCUUGUAUCUGCCAUUUGUGCCUCGAUUUUUCAAAACUUUCGGGGAACUCCGAUCUUCUUUAUCUCUGGAUUUCCGUCUCCGAUUCUCCUGUUCGAUUAGGGUUUUCGAGCUUUUCCUGGUAGAAAUCGCCGCAAACAAAGCGAAAUACCUAGAUUCGUGGCGAAUUUCUAGGUUUCCGGAUCUGACCAGUUCUCUUCGUUCUUCAGCUACGGCGAAGCUGUUCGGUUCGUCUCCUCGCCGCCAUGUUCUGGAAGCUCACGGCUCUUUCUGCAUCGUCUCCGGUGGAGUCGAUAUUAGACAAAGAAAAUUUCACGUUGGAGGAGCUCCUUGACGAGGAAGAAAUUAUUCAAGAAUGCAAGGCUCUAAAUAGCCGGCUCAUCAAUUUUCUAAGGGAUAAAGCUCAAGUGGAGCAGUUACUGAGGUACAUUGUUGAAGAAUCUCCACAGGAUGCUGACAACAAACGGGCAUUCAGGUUUCCAUUCAUCUCCUGUGAGAUAUUUACCUGUGAAAUUGAUGUUAUUCUAAAAACUUUGGUAGAGGAAGAAGAGCUGAUGGACUUGCUUUUCUCCUUUUUGGAACUGAAUCAUUCUCAUAGUGCACUGCUGGCAGGCUAUUUCAGUAAGGUUGUCAUAUGCAUUAUGAUCAGAAAGACUGCAGCACUGAUGAACUAUGUGAAAGGUCAUCAAAAUGUUUUCCGUCAGCUGGUUGAUUUGAUUGGGAUAACAUCCAUCAUGGAGGUUUUGGUCCGCUUGGUUGGUGCUGAUGAUCAUGUCUAUCCCAACUUUCUGGAUGUGAUGCAAUGGUUGGCCGAUAGCAAUUUACUUGAGAUGAUUGUGGACAAACUAAAUCCAACUAGUCCUGCUGAGGUUCAGGCAAAUGCAGCAGAAACAUUAUGUGCAAUUACUCGAAAUGGACCGUCAGCUUUAGCUACAAAGCUCUCUAGCCCUGGCUUUGUUGCAAGGAUAUUUGGUCAUGCUCUGGAAGAUUCUCAUUCAAAAUCUGGUCUAGUCCAUUCACUUUCCGUAUGCAUUUCUUUGUUAGAUCCAAGGAGAUCUGCUGCUUCAUCGCCUUUGUUCAAUUCUUUUAGAGGUCAACAUAUGUUUGAGUCUCCUCUCCCAGUGACUCAGGAGACCAUCGGUGCCAUGCUACCAAAACUCAGUGACUUGCUUAUGCUUCUUACUGUAUCAUCUGACGGCAAUGUUUUGCCUACAACAUACGGAGAGCUAAAGCCUCCUCUCGGGAAGCAUCGUCUAAAGAUUGUGGAAUUCAUUGCUGUUCUGUUGAAAACCGGAAACGAAGUUGCAGAAAAGGAAUUAGUUAGAUCAGGAACCAUUAAAAGGAUCUUAGAUCUAUUUUUCGAGUACCCAUACAAUAAUGCCCUGCAUCACCAAGUGGAGAGUAUCGUUCUUUCUUGUUUGGAAAACAAAAGUGAUGCAAUGGUGAACCAUAUUCUUCGACAAUGCGAUCUGAUUGGCAAAAUUCUCUCAUCAGAUAAAAACCCUGUUCUAUCCGGUGAUAACCAGCCUACUAUACCCGCCAAUGGGAGAAGACCACCACGGGUUGGGUAUGCCGGACAUAUCACUAGAAUCUCAAACAAACUUGUUCAGAUGAGUAACAGCAAAAGUCAGAUAAAGGCAUGCCUUCAGGAAAACAGCGAAUGGAACGAGUGGCAAGUUAGUGUUCUGCAUGAACGCAAUACUGUUGAGAAUGUCUACAGAUGGGCAUGCGGGCGCCCGACUACACUACAAGAUAGGACAAAGGAUAGCGAUGAGGAAGACAGGGAUUAUGAUGUUGCAGCGCUCGCCAAUAAUUUGAGCGAGGCAUUUAGAUACAAAAUAUAUGGAAAUGAUGAUAACGAAGAGGACCGCAAUGCUCUUGAUAGAGACGAUGACGACGUGUACUUUGACGAUGAGUCCGCUGAAGUCGUUAUUUCGUCCUUGAGACUUGGGGAUGACCAAGGAAGUUUGUUUACAAAUUCAAACUGGUUCACAUUCCAAGACGACAGAUUCGGAAAUGUCUCUGAUGGGACGGCGUCCAAGAUGAUGGAGGACAUAGACUUGAACGGAAACUCUAACGCGAACAAUAGCGGCAGCAGCAGCAGUGAUGAUGAGGUUGUAGUUGGAGAGAAUGACGAUCUAACUGAGGAAGCUAAGGACACGUCGACAUCAUGUCCGAGCACUCUACCUUCCAUGGGAUUCUUUGAUUUUGACACUCCGGAAAACACGGAAGCAGCGUUCACCGAACGUCCACCCGAAUGGGUCGGAUGGAGCGAACCAUCCGAAACGCAAGUAACCGGCUCAAGCCUAAACCCAUUCAUCGAUCACGAUGAUGACGACGCCAACAUGAACCUCGACAUACCAAUGCCAGACAUCAAAACGGAACCCGUGAUUGCAAAUGGCUCCCCCACAGGAACGGGCCAGAAAAUGGCGCCACCAGUGAGGUCAUUGUUCGAGGAGGAUGUGGAGUUUGUGGGAGUGGAAGCGGAAGGGACGGAGAAGGCAAUGGAGCAAGCAUUGAAGGAAGGGGUAGUAGGGGAAGCGGGACCGCUGAAGAGGAACAUGAAAAUGAACACGAAGAGCGAGAAAGCGGAAGAGAGCUCGGGAAUGAAUGAGUUCAACGACGUGAAUUACUGGAAGGUGGAUCAGGAAUUGGCUGUUUUGGAGUGAAAUACCCAACAGAGAGGUACGUAUAAAACGGUAACUCAACUCAGUGUCCUUUUUGUACAUUAUAAUUUUGUACGGGAGAAUGGGAGAAGAAGAAGAAAUCUUGGGCUUUUGGAAAUUGGCUAGAGUUUUGUGUCAGUCACCCUUGCUGUUGCUGUUGCUGUUGCUGAUGCCACCACAUUAUUUAUUUCAGUUACUAUAUUGUUGUCUGCUGUUGCUGUGCCUUUUUCUUUUGUUGUUGUCUAAUUGUGUUUAUAUUAUUAUUCUUUUUAAGUUAUGCCCCUUUCUCUUCUC